AUACACAUGUACCAUGUGUAUUUAUUAAUUUGCACUGUUCUUGAUCUAAAAUUAAAAUAAACAAAGACAUACAUCACAUUGCAUAGUUGAAGCUCACCUGUCGUCCAAUCAAAUGGUUAUUAUUAUUGGUCUAAUCUUUGUUCCUACUAAAUUAAAAGUCCCACCAGAGUACCAAAGAAAGCCUGGGACUGCACAUGCGCAGUCGCAACCCUCGCACAUGGACGGACCACCCUAGGCAAAAAAAUUCAGGAAGUGAAACAAAACAUUCCUGGCUUGUGCCUGGGAAAGACCGUUAAUGAAUCAUAUUAGGAUGUAGACGUGGUCAAUUCGGGCUACAGCACACAUGCUAAAGCUUGUUCCUCAACAGUGCUGGAAAUUAAAAUGGAGCAAUAUGAAAGUGGAGAGGAAGAGACCAUGGAGACACUUGUUGCUGCUGACUCGCUUCUUAACAUGGACUGCCCUGACACCCUGUCACUGGAACACUACUCCCAGACCUUCUUACCAUCACUGGGUGACGUCAUCACUACUCCUGUUACCCAGGUGACCGUGUCAGCAGAGGGGAUUGUGGGAGCUGUUGACCAGCCACAAUGGCACUCGUUACACACAAAGAAGCCUGCAGGACAGCUGCAGUCCAAAAAGAGAGGGAGAAAACCUCGACAUAGAAGGGCGGAGUCUCCCACGCCGGACAUUAUAGUGAAGAAGGACAAAUACAACAAAGGAGGGAACACACUGUACCUGUGGCAGUUCCUGAUGGAGUUGCUGCAGGACCGACAGGUCUGCCCCCGCUACAUUAAAUGGAUUAACCCCCACACAGGAAUCUUUAAGUUGGUCAACUCAAAAGCGGUGGCCAGACUCUGGGGCAAACACAAAAACAAGCCAGAUAUGAAUUAUGAGACAAUGGGCAGAGCGCUCAGGUACUACUACCAGAGAGGCAUACUGAAUAAGGUUGAAGGCCAGCGUCUCGUCUACCAGUUCACCUCUCUGCCCAAAGAUAUGAUUUAUAUCACAGAUGGAGAUGGCACCAAAGAGGAAGAAGAUGACGAUCACAACGACAUUGAUGAGGGUGUGAGUGAUGACUCGGAUGACAGCACUAUACCUUCUAGUGACCAAUCGGUGGAGGAGGAAAAUUCACACCCGCCACAGAAGAAGACAUCCAGCUCUGUCCGAGCCCCAGCUACCCAGCGGACCAGGCCAUCUCCCCGGCCCUCAGGCCAGCGUGACGCCGUUCUGCGGCCUGCCAGCACCAGCUUGAUCCAAGAGCAGCAUUUGCCUAUUGUGUCCGCUGAGAUGCUGCGGACCCUCCAGAACCUGCAGAAGGUCCAGUCCCUGCAGGGUCACGCCUCUGUCUUCAAAACAGCUCAGCUGCUGGGCAGUCUGUGUGAGCAGCAGGCUGCUGCUGCAGUGGCUGUAGACAGUGAGGGUGCACAGGAGACACCUGAUGAUAACUCGCACCCGGGACUCAAAACCUCAAAAGUGGAGACUCCACAGCUGGUGCCCCUAGCUAGCUCUGACCAAUAGAAAAGACCCCCUAAAAACAUACACAUGCACAUACACUCCACUGACUCAGGACCAGUUAUAGAGCUGUACUUUGCUGUAGCAAUGUCUGCACACCAGGGCCUAUAUGUAAGAGUGGGAGUACUGAUCUGGGAUUAUUAUUGUAUUUUAGAUUACAUAUGAAUUGGUAACUAAAGUAAUUCUCGCUCACUGCUCCCUCCCUGACAUCUGAGUUAGCAGGAAACUGGCAGGAACCAAAAUCUCUCACAAUAUUUAGCAGUUUACUUUGUAAGAGACUUGUAAAAGCUUGUGUGCUUUAUCUCAGCCUUCUGUCAUUCUCUGUAGCCGUUAACCAUACAAGACACCAAAGACACACAUGCACUGGAUUCUGCAGCCUCUCUGCACCGUCUGCAGACACACCCUCUGCUUGCACUCCACCUCCAGCGUCAUGGAGCCAAUUAUCUAAGCAGCGCACUGUGCCCUCCUGCUCUGCCUUUACUCUCGCUCUUUCCCACUCUUUUUUUUGUUUUUUUACUAUCACAUGCUGAAUCAUUCCUCUGCCUUGAAAAUGGCUUUGCACUAAUGUUUACCCCUGCUGUAUGUUUCUUCUCCAAGUGCCUGACAAUCUCAGUCCAUCCUGUGCCUGCUUCCUGGUAAUCAUGAGGUUAUUGAGGGAAAACAUUCCAUAUUAUUAUUGUUUUUAUUUUAUUUAAUAUUACUGAAUUUUGUUUGUAUUGUGAUAUGUUGAAGACAAGGGAUCACUGUUUUUUCUAGAAUAGUAAUUUAGCACUGCUGCUGUUUGUAGAAGAUGUAUCUACACAGUGGACCUUCCUUUUGUUGACAAUCACCAGUGAAAUGACCUUUUAUUUAGCCUCCUGUAGGGUCAUACCGCUACUAUUUAGCCUUUCUGCUGUGCACACAUUCUGUUUAGUUAUUACAUGUAUAUAAAUGCAUAUAUGGACCUCUAAAUCCUCGAUCUUUAUGUAUUGUGUGUUAUAUACUGUAUGUCUGUGAACAUGCUUGACUUUGUGCCUUGUUGCCAUUUUCUCCCUCAGGUUCGUACAAAAUUAGUUCUACUGUACAGACUUUACUCUAUGCAAGGAGUACAACAGCUGGCUCUUUUUUUAUAAUGAAGUAAUGCUACGUUCAGCGUUUUCUCUUCAGUGGAUAGUUUAGCCUCUCAAACCUCAUUUCUAAUGAAAACUGAGUUUGUAAGAUUUAGGCCAACUUGCUUGUAACUGUGCCUUUGCCCCCAGGGACCCCUAUGCAAAACAGUUUUCACUUUAUUACUGAGUAAAACAUUUAUUUGGAACCCCCUCACUUUGCUUUAUCUGGAGGUCUCUUAAUACUGUAAGUUUUACUGAUAUUGAUAUGUGAGCUUGUAGCAGAGGGAGAGGUGGAGUUUCUUUUGCCUUAAUUUUGUGUUUGCUUUCAUGCAGUCCGGAGGUGUUGAAAAUAAUGGUCUAUUAUAUGAAAUAAACUUAAUUUUGUCAUUGUCCUUGAAAA